AUGCCUAACCCGGACAAUCCGGAUGACGAGUCAAAUCCUGUUCUGGGCCCCUUCCUUUCCAUGACUGUUAAUGAAUUAGAGCGGAAACUAGAACGGCCAGUGUUGACUGAAACCUUCACGUCUGUGAAACGCUUCAUGGACCUUCAUUGUCAUAUAUUAUCGCAGACAUUUCAACUGCCCGUUGAAGAGCUCGACCGCAGGCAGGCAAAAAUGGAGCUAUUUGCCCUGGAAAGUGUAUCGAAGGAGAUCCCAAAACACAUCCAGCUGCAAGAAGUACCAGAGCGCCCAUAUAUAUUAGCCCACCCGGAUUUAAGAUGUGGCAAUAUCAUGGUUGACGAUGACUUCCAUAUUCUGGGCAUCAUUGACUGGGAGUUUACGAGUACAAUUCCCCAACAGAUUUACAUACCACCACCAUGGAUCACCGGCCAUGACCCUGAUACACUUCUUAUGGUGACUGGUGUGCCGCGAGACCAAAUUUGGCUAGAAUUUCGCAGAGUCCUGGAGGAGUUGCACAAGACAUCAAGCGGUUGGACGCAGUUAUGUCAAGAUUGGGGAUUGUUGCACCAAGACGACACACAAAGUCAAGAUUUUCUCCUGGAACUGUCACCGAUAGUUCAAAUACUACGUCACCCUUCUAGCCUGAUAGAUGUGUACUACCCUUCCAUUUUUCAACGGCUAUUCGGGUCUGAAACGCGUAGGGAUGCCGUGGUCAACGAGUUUUUUGAACAGAGUAAAAAUCAAGCUAUUGCAGAGCAAAUUGAGCUUCAUAUUCAGAAAUCGGAGCGAUACACCGAAUACUUGCGCAACAACAAUUUACUCAUUCCGUAUGAACGGCCUCAGCAGAUCCAGGAAUUCUUGAAAAGGGCAAAGGCUUUGUUACAGGCUGGAGAAGCACGUCACGGCAAGGAGAUUGAGGAAUAG